AUGGAACAACCAACCAUCCUCUGGAACAACCAUCUGGAACAACUAACCAUCCUCUGGAACAACCAUCUAGAACAACCAACCAUCCUCUGGAACAACCAACCAUCCUAUGGAACAACCAACCAUCCUCUGGAACAACCAGCCAUCCUCUGGAACAACCAGCCAUCCUCUGGAACAACCAACCAUCCUCUGGAACAACCAUGUGGAACAACCAGCCAUCCUCUGGAACAACAAACCAUCCUCUGGAACAACCAACCAUCCUCUGGAACAACCAGCCAUCCUCCGGAACCAACCAUCCUCUGGAAAAAUCAUCCUCUGGAACAACCAUCCUCUAGAACAAACAACCAUCCUCUGGAACAAUCAACCAUCCUCUGGAACAAUCAACCAUCCUCUGGAACAAUCAACCAUCCUCUGGAACAAUCAACCAUCCUCUGGAACAACCAAACAUCCUCUGGAACAACCAGCCAUCCUCCGGAACCAACCAUCCUCUGGAACAACCAGCCAUCCUCCGGAACCAACCAUCCUCUGGAAAAAUCAUCCUCUGGAACAACCAUCCUCUGGAACAAACAACCAUCCGCUGGAACAAACAACCAUCCUCUGGAACAAACAACCAUCGUCUGGAACAAUCAUCCUCUGGAACAACCAUUCUCUGGAACAAACAAUAUCCUCAGGAACAACCCAUCCUCUGGAACAACCACCCAUCCUCUGGAACAACAACACAUCCUCUGGAACAACCAUCCUCUGGAACAACCCAUCCUCUGGAACAAACAAUAUCCUCUGGAACAACCCAUCCUCUGGAACAACCAAUCCUCUGGAACAACCAACCAUCCUCUGGAACAACCAACUAUCCUCUGGAACAAUCAUCCUCUGGAACAACCAGCUGUCCUCUGGAACAAACAACCAUCCUCUGGAACAAACAACCACCCUCUGGAACAAACAACCAUCCUCUGGAACAACCAGCUGUCAUCUGGAACAAACAACCAUCCUCUGGAACAAACAACCACCCUCUGGAACAAACAACCAUCCUCUGGAACAAACAACCACCCUCUGGAACAAACAACCACCCUCUGGAACAACCUCCCUCCGAAACAACCAUCCUCUGGAACAAACAACCAUCCUCUGGAACAGCCAUACUCUGGAACAAACACCUAUCCUCUGGAACAACCAACCAUCCUCUGGAACAAACAUCCAUUCUAUGGAACAACCAUCCUAUGGAACAACAAACCAUCCUCUGGAACAACCAUCCUCUGGAACAAACAACCAUCCUCUGGUACAAACAACCAUCCUCUGGUACAACCAUCCUCUGGUACAAACAACCAUCCUCUGGAACAAACAACCAUCCUCUGGAACAAACAACCAUCCUCUGGUACAAACAACCAUCCUCUGGUACAAACAACCAUCCUCUGGUACAAACAACCAUCCUCUGGAACAAACAACCAUCCUCUGGAACAACCAUCCAUCUGUGAAACACUUUUUUUUCACGAAUUGAGUAUGCAACUUCUUUUAAAUAUUAAAGAAUCUGCGUACAAUUCUUUGAAAUUAUAA